AUGAAAUAAGCUUAUGCUAUUGUUUAGGAUGAUUUUGAGUAAAUUAAAUCAAUUUAAUCAAAAUGGAAGAAUUAAAAUAUCAAGAAAGAAAAAAUAGAUGAUACUAAAAGAUUAAAAUUAAAUUUUAUAGAAGAAUAAAAUUAUGAUUUCCAACUUCCUGAUGUUUUUAUAACUACAAAACAAUAUUAUUCUAAACCUACAAGUAUUUGAUAACUUAUAAUGAGAGAGUCCAAGAAUGAAAUAGAAAAAAUCCUUCAGUUUUGAUUUAGGACCUCAAUCCCCAAAUUUAUCAAAAAAUUAAAGAAACUUUGAACUAUCAACAUUGGAGUCUAAUUAUAAAAAGUUUAAGUAAUAUAUAUAAAUUAUUCUAGGUAAUGUUGUUGUUCCAUAAAAUAAUCUCCUAGAGAAGAGAAUUUAAGUCAAUGUAUAUCAAUUACUAGAAAUUAUAAUUUUUAAAAAAUCGAUGGUAUUAAAUUUCCUGAAAGUCUAUAUAUUAUCCAUAAAAAGAGAAGAGAUAAAUUAGAUGAUAUAUUCAGAAAUUAAACUUGUGAGAAUUCUAUUUCAAAAAUGAAAUAAUAUGAAGAUGAAAAUAAACUAUAAUGUAUGAUUAGAGUUUGAUUUUUAGAAUUAUUAAAAUAGAAAGAGAAUAAAUAAAAGGAAUAUGUAAGUAGAUCAUUUUUAGACAAUGCUUAUUUUUCAAUUUUAUCAAUAAAUAAAGAAAGUAGAUAAAGAGUAAAAAAAGUAAUUUAGUAUUCAUUGCCAAAACAAUCUAGAUUUUAAUUGUUCUGA